AUGGCUGCCAAGUCUUGUCGAGGUUUACCUGCAGAGCUUGCUGUUAAGUUAGUUGUUAAGGAGGCUUCAAGGUCGAGGGGCUUGAAGGAUGAUACAACAUGUCUUGUUGUUGACAUCAUUCCAUCAGACCGUCCUAUCUUACCUACAACACCUCGGAAGAAGAACAAUAUGCUCACGUCACUCUUCAUUGAAGGAAAUCUUCCGGUUCUACUAACAAGGCAGCAAAUAAGCUUUCGGCUGUCGGUGUCAUUGAAGAGUUGUUCGAAGAGGGUUCCGCCAUGCUUGCAGAGAGGACUGGAGGAGGAUGCCAUCGGUGAGGCGGUGGCGUUAGUACAGAUCGGAAGUCGUCGGCAAGCUAUUGGGGUGGGAGUGCUAAAGGAGGCGGUCAAGGCAAAGCUGGGCCUGGCCAUGGAUUUGUGA